UAAAACCCACUUUUGGUAUUAAUACUUAAAUCAAGUUGCUUUCUUUUGUGUACCUUUGCACGACCCACACACAAGAAAUUUGUUGUUGGUGCCAUAAUUGUUUGGACUGUAGCUUUACUCAGAGUCGUUUUUACCCCCCUUCUCUUACCUACCAUCCAAACCCACAUAAGAACAAUUAAUUGCCAGAAUCAUUUAUCCCGACUUUCAUUCGCCAAAUUGCGGGCAUCGCAGGGCAAGACAGUUCUUCGUCGUCUUUGGACCAAACCAACAAUCUCACUCUCGGAGAUACUAUUACUAUGAUGGAGACAGACAACGCUGAUAAAUGUUCUAAGAUGGACGAUUAUGAGCUUAUUGAGCAAAUUGGAAGAGGUUCUUUUGGCGCCGCCUUCCUUGUUCUCCACAAAGAUGAGAAAAAGAAGUACGUGUUAAAGAAGAUCCGUUUGGCUAAGCAGACAGACAAGUUCAAGAAGACAGCACUUCAGGAGAUGGAGUUGAUAGCAAAGCUAAGUCAUCCAUACAUUGUGCAAUAUAAAGAUUCUUGGGUAGACAAGGGAUCAUCCUGUGUAUGCAUAGUGACUAGCUACUGUGAAGGAGGAGACAUGGCUGCGAUUUUGAAGAAGGCUAAAGGGUCGUAUUUCCCAGAGGAGAAAUUGUGCAAAUGGCUUACUCAGCUCUUGUUAGCUGUGGAAUAUCUACAUACGAACCGCGUUCUUCACAGGGAUCUUAAGUGUUCCAACAUAUUCGUCACAAAAGACAAUGAUAUUCGCCUUGGUGAUUUUGGGCUAGCUAAAUUUCUCAACUCAGAUGGCCUUGCUUCCUCGGUGGUUGGCACUCCCAACUAUAUGUGCCCUGAGCUUCUGGCAGAUAUUCCCUACGGUUACAAAUCAGAUAUAUGGUCACUCGGUUGUUGCAUGUUUGAGAUGGCUGCUCACCAACCUGCAUUUAGAGCUCCUGAUAUGGCUGGACUUAUCAACAAAAUCAAUAGAUCCAUCUUUUCUCCAUUACCAAUCAUGUAUUCGGCCACAUUGAAACAGAUUAUUAAAAGCAUGUUGAGGAAGAACCCAGAGCAUAGACCAAUUGCUGCAGAGUUGUUGAGGAAUCCCCAUUUACAACCUUACUUACUUAAGUGUCAGACUGCAUCCUUUGUCUUUCUUCCAGUAAAAUCCAACAGCCCAAAAUCUAAAACUACAGUUCAAAUUCAGUCACCAGGAAGAUUCAGUAACAAAGAAAGAGUUGGUGUAGAUUUGUUGAAGAAAAAUGGUCGUAGGAAGUCAGUUUCUCUUCCCAUAAAAGAAGACAAUCUUGACGACGCUAGGAAAUCGUGCUCUGAAGGAAGUCUUAUCCAUAGCAACGAUUCACACAAUCUCUCGAAUGGAGAAAAGUUGGAGAAUUCGGAUCUUUCUUCACGAUUCGAAAGUGUGGAUGCUCAAAAUGCCAGAAGCAGCAUAUCCAGUAGUUUAUUCGAGGAAAGUCAAGAUUCUCAACCAGAACCUUAUUCGGAUGAGCAAUGUAAUGGACAUAAUAAUAAAAUGGAGAAAGAUUCUGUUGUAUCACCAUUGAACAUUGCCGAAACCAGCGAUUCAACUCAGCCGAAGGCGUAUCCAUCCAUUGAUGAAGAAAUAGAAAAUUCUGACGAUACCCAUUUGGAUUCAGAGAAACACAUGAUAGCUGCUGAUUCAUACAAAGAGGUAGAGGAAAUGGGUAUAAAGGUGGUAGAAGGAGAGAAAGGAGAUGUUGAUGACGAGUCGAGUGGAAUUUCAUUGCUUAGAGCCAUGGCUAAUGCAGCAGCAAAUGGAGAGAGUGGUGAUGGAAGGUUCAAAUGGGAGAAUAUGAGUCAGCAAAGGGCAGAUGCUCUAGAAUCUCUACUUGAGUUAUGUGCGAAACUGAUGAAACAAGAUAAGCAUGAAGAGCUGGCUGGUAUUCUGAAGCCAUUCGGGCAAGAGACUGUCUCAUCCAGGGAAACUGCAAUCUGGCUGACUAAAAGCCUCAUGGCACAUAAAUUUGCUGGGGGAAACCAAUGAUUGACUGUAGGUACCAUUUAAUUAUUGUGGGUACCAUUUUUCUCAGGAUUGUUUAUCAAGAGUGUGUCUGUGUGACUUUGUGAAAUGGGUUUGUAUAGUUUGCUUCUUCUUUUUUCAUUAACAACUUUGUGCAAAAAGAAAUGAGGGAGAAAUGCAUGUUCUCAAUAGUGCAUAUGGAAUUAUUUAUGAAUCCCUCAAUUUGUGGCCCAUCUAUCUCUCAUACCAACAAACUGUUAGUAUUGAAAAUGAUAUGUAGAAUUGACUCUUUUUUAAAGAGUAGAGUAUUGAUUGUGAGCAAGUCUUGAAUAAUACUGAUUAUAUGUUUCUGUUA